GAGGGAGACUAGCUAGAGCUAGCGAGCUGUCCUGUCGCAGAUCGAGAGACGCUGAGAAAAACAGGGCACUAGAGCAGAGAUAGCGCAAACAAAACACCGUGCCAUCAGGAAGCGGAUAGCAUCAUGGCGUCCGGGGCGGUAAGACCGGCACUCGCCUACAUCGUCGUGUACGUCGAGGACGUGGCCAAGUCGGCCGCCUGCUACGCCGCCGCCUUCGGCUACAGCGUCCGCCGCAUCGACCAGUCCCACAAGUGGGCGGAGCUGGACACCGGGUCGACGACCAUCGCGUUCACGCCGCUGCACCAGAGGGAGACGGACGCGCUCACGGGCGAGGUGCAGCUGCCCAAGUCGCCACGCGAGCGGGGCCCCGUGGAGAUCUGCUUCGACUACACGGACGUCGACGCCGCGUACCGGCGGGCCGUGGACAACGGGGCGGUCCCGGUGACCCCGCCGGAGCAGAAGAACUGGGGGCAGAAGGUCGGCUACGUCAGGGACCUCGAUGGGAAUAUCGUGCGCAUGGGGAGCCACGUGCGCGAGUAGUACUAGGUAGCAUUACACGUAAGCGCGCGGGCCUAAAUAACGGAGUGUUGCAUACCCUGUCGAUACUGAAUAAAUCGUGAUCCAACUGACGUUCGUCCAUGUCGUCCCUUUUUUUUUCAAGGAACAUGUCGCAGCAAGUUCUCCGCGUAUUUAAAUGCUGUCGAAUGAGAAACAA